CUUACACUCAGAGAGAGAGAGAGAGAUCAAGCAAGCAAGAACGAGAGCUCUUUCUGAUUGAAUAUGGCACCAAAAUCUGGACGAGGCAAAACCAAUAAAGCAAAGGGAGAGAAGAAGAAGAAAGAAGAGAAAGUUGUGCCCAGUCUUCUCGACAUCACUGUCAUCACCCCAUAUGAUUCACAAAUUACACUCAAGGGAAUCUCAACUGAUAAGAUUAUUGAUGUAAAGAAGCUAUUGGCUAACAAUGUUGAGACCUGCCAUCUUACUAACUAUUCUCUGUCUCAUGAGGUUAGAGGGCAGAGAUUGAAUGAUGCAGUCGAGGUUGCCACUCUGAAACCAUGUGUGUUGAGGAUGGUUGAAGAGGACUACAUCGAAGAAGAUCAAGCGGUAGCACACGUACGCAGGCUACUAGAUAUUGUUGCGUGCACCACCUGGUUCGGAAAACCGAAAGAUGGAAGAACGGAAGGCCGCGCCAAGAAAACCAAAAACCAGAGUGACUCCAAUUCGAGCUCGACGACGAUCUCAAGCGCUCAUUCGUCCUCUAAUGGGGAAAUUUCAACUGGGUCUGCUUCAGAAGCGUCGGAUUCUGUUAUUUCGGAGGAAUUGGACAUGGCUACGAUUCACCCAACUCCGAAGCUCUCCAACUUCUAUGAUUUCUUGUCGUUGUCUCAUCUUACUCCGCCCAUUCUGUUUCUGAAGAGAGGUGAUAUUCGUGGUGUGGAAGAGAGGCGCGAGGGUGAUUACUUAGAGUUUCAGGUUAAGAUUUGCAAUGGGAAGGUAAUAACAGUGGUUGCCUCGGUCAAAGGGUUCUACUCUGCAGGGAAGCAGUUUAUUCAAAGUUACUCUCUGGUGGAUCUGCUGCAACAGCUAAGCCAGGCGUUUGCUAAUGCUUACGAAUCCCUUAUGAAAGCGUUUGUUGAACACAAUAAGUUUGGUAAUCUACCCUAUGGAUUCCGUGCAAAUACAUGGCUUGUCCCUCCAACAGUUGUUGAGUUCCCAUCAAAAUUUCUGCCCUUUCCAACAGAAGAUGAAACCUGGGGUGGCAGUGGUGGGGGUCAGGGAAGAAGUGGUCAAUAUGAUUAUAGGCCAUGGGCCACAGAGUUUUCAAUAUUGGCAAGCUUGCCUUGUAAAACUGAGGAUGAGAGAUUGAUCCGUGAUAGGAAGGCCUUUUUGCUGCAUAAUCUAUUUGUGGAUGUCUCAAUUUUUAAAGCUGUCUCAGUAAUCAACCAACUCAUAAACUCCAAUAUGAACUCGAAACAUUCUGCAAAUAGUUCUGCAGGCUCAAUUUUGUAUGAAGAUCAUGUGGGUGAUCUAUAUAUUGUAGUAAAGCGGGAUGCAGCAGACAUAAGCUUGAAGGCCAAUGAGAAAGUCAAUGGAAACCAAGAAUCCGGUAUGCUCUGUAAGGAUGUUACUCAAAGGAAUCUACUUAAAGGGAUUACUGCAGAUGAGAAUGUGGUUGUUCAUGACACUUCUACAUUGGGCAUGGUUGUUGUUAGACAUUUGGGAUACACUGCAAUUGUAAAAGUCCAGGGUGAGGUAAAUAAUGGAAGUUGCAUAGCCCAAGAUAUUGACAUUGACAAUCAGCCCGAUGGAGGUGCCAAUUCAUUGAAUGUUAACAGCUUACGGACAUUGCUUCACAAGUCAUUUGGUGCUGAAUGUCAAUUUCCUCUGUCCAAUUUGGAUAGUCUAGAGGCAGCUAGAUGUUUAGUCCUGAAAGUGAUAAAUGAUAGUUUGAUUAAAUUAAAAGAGGAACCUGCUGUUAGUGAAAGGUUCAUCAGAUGGGAGCUUGGUGCUUGUUGGGUACAACAUCUACAAAAACAGGAAAAGUCACCAAAUGGUGGGUCUAAAGUCUGUUGGGAAGAGAAGAACAAGGCAGAAGUGGAUGUUAAAGGUCAUGGUAAGCAAUUAAAGCUGUUAAAGAAGAGAGAAAGGAAAAUGGAUAGUAUAAGUAGGAAAGCUGAUAAGUUGGAAGAGGAUUCUAAAAUUAGCAACACAGUAGUGGACGAAAAAGGUGACUCUGGGGAAACAAAGAGUGAGUACAAUGGUGAUGCAGAAAUAAACAAGUUGAUUUCUGAGGCAGCCUUCUUGCGUUUGAGAGAAACCAAAACAGGUCUCCAUCAAAAGUCAUUGGAUGAGCUUCUCAAGAUGGCCCACAAGUAUUAUGAUGAAGUUGCUUUACCAAAGCUGGUUGCAGAUUUUGGAUCGCUUGAACUUUCUCCAGUUGAUGGACGCACACUAACUGAUUUUAUGCAUACUAGAGGACUUCAAAUGCGUUCCUUGGGACGUUUGGUUGAACUUGCAGAGAAGCUACCUCAUAUACAGUCUCUAUGUAUUGAUGAGAUGGUUACUCGAGCCUUCAAGCACAUACUUAAAGCUGUGAUUUCUUCAGUUGACAAUUUAGCAGACUUAUCUGCAGCUAUAGCCUCAUCCUUGAAUUUCCUGCUUGGGUCCUACAAGAAAGACACUCAUGACCACAAUCUCAAAAUGAAGUGGCUAGAGACCUUCAUUGCCAUAAGAUUUGGCUGGAAGCUAAGGAAUGAGUUUCAACACGUGAAGAAGUUCUCAAUUCUCCGGGGACUUUGCCAUAAAGUUGGAGUUGAGUUGGUUCCAAGAGAUUAUGAUAUGAACAGCCCAAACCCUUUUAAGAGGUCAGAUAUUAUCAGUAUGAUCCCAGUUUGCAAGCAUGUAGGAUUCUCUUCGGCUGACGGUCGGGCCCUAAUGGAGUCAUCUAAGGCAUCACUAGAUAAAGGAAAGCUAGAAGAUGCUGUCAACUAUGGAACAAAGGCAUUAUCAAAGAUGAUAGCUGUUUGUGGUCCUUAUCAUCACACAACUGCAAGCGCAUACAGUCUUCUAGCUGUGGUUCUUUACCACACAGGAGAUUUUAAUCAGGCAGCUGUAUAUCAGCAAAAUGCAUUAAAUAUAAAUGAGAGGGAACUUGGACUGGACCACCCAGAUACAAUGAAAAGCUAUGGUGAUCUGUCAGUUUUCUAUUAUCGCCUCCAACACAUCGAAUUGGCUCUAAAGUAUGUCAACCGUGCAUUAUACCUUCUUCAUUUUAUAUGUGGGCUGGCACACCCAAACACCGCUGCAACAUACAUAAAUGUGGCUAUGAUGGAAGAGGGCAUGGGAAAUGUACAUGUUGCUCUUAGAUACCUACAUGAAGCUCUCAAGUGUAACCAAAGAUUGCUAGGAGUAGACCACAUACAGACUGCUGCAAGCUAUCAUGCAAUUGCCAUAGCUCUUUCAUUGAUGGACGCUUACUCCUUAAGUGUGCAGCAUGAACAAACUACAUUAAAGAUACUCCAAACCAAACUUGGACCAGAAGACCACCGUACUCAGGAUGCAGCUGCGUGGCUUGAAUAUUUUGAAUCAAAAGUCUUAGAGCAGCAAGAAGCUGCUCGUAAUGGGACUCCAAAGCCAGACACAUCAAUUGCAAGCAAAGGUCAUCUUAGUGUGUCAGAUCUUCUUGAUUUUAUAAAUCCAGAUCAAGAUUCAAAAGUCAGAGAUGCACAGAAGAAACUACGACGUGCAAAGCUAUUGCAGAUUGCUGAGAAAUCCCAUCAAGCACAACAUGAUGCAAGCACUGAUGACAUCCAGUUAGAUGUCAAAAUGCAAAUUUCUGUAGAAGAUGACAACAGAAGCAAAGAAAAGGUAGGCGAAAUACAUUCAGAACUCAGAGAAAAUGAUGGUACUGGUACGUAUGAUCCAAAAACUAUAAAUGGAUCAAACUCAGAAGCUGAUGAAGGUUGGCAAGAAGCAAUCUCAAAAGGACAGACUGGGAAUAGUGUAGGCCGUAAAUUUGAUAGAAGGCGACCAGCUCUUGCAAAGCUAAACAUAAACACCUCCGAACCCUCCGACAAUGGAGAUGCAAAUUACAGGAAAAAAACCAAGAAAGCAUUUUCAAUUGACAUGUAUGCAGCCCUAAAACAUCAAAUGACUCCAAGUUCAAGUGGUGCAGAGAAUCCAACCAAGUUGCAAGAAAAGAAUCCAGUCUCUACAAUUUUCUCAGCACCGGUUACUCCUGGCAAUCUCACUGCAAGGGCCUCAAAGUCUCUUUCUUACAAAGAAGUAGUUGUGGCACCUCCUGGUACAGUGUUAAGGCCAGUGAUUGAGAAACCUGAAGAGAUAAAAAAGGAAAAAGUUGAUACCCAUGAUUGUCAUAUUUCACCAGAGGCAUCCCACAUUGGAGAAGCUGACAACACUGUCAUUGAAAUAGCAAAGGCCAAGGAGGAGGAAAAUAUAGCAACUGGCCAUAAUGAAACCAAAGAAGAAAAAGCUAUUCCUGAAUUUGAAGUGACUACGUGCUUGACUAAUUAUGAGAAGGCCCCAGAAACCAAUGGGAGAAAGCUUUCUGCUGAAGCCCAACCGUUCAAUCCCAGGUCCUUCUCUUUGAUGGCUCCUUCAUUCAGAUCAGUGACAAACAUAUAUGGUAACACAACAAAUCAAGGCAUGGUUUCACCUAGGCCUACGGGGAUGUACCCUCAUCCAUCCAUUGACACCAGAGUCCCCUGUGGACCUAGAUCACCAUUGUACUACAGAACCGGCCAUGAUUUUUGUAUGAAACAUAAUUUUCUGAACUACCAAAACCCUGUUACAGAUAGAAGCAGCCUGAUGCCUCCAAGAGUUAUGAAUCCACAUGCACCUGAAUUUAUUCCAAGAAAAGCUUGGCAGCAUAUUCCUGGAAAUAGUAACUUGGAGGUUCCUACCUUGUUAAAUCAGGAAUCUGGGUCUUUGGAUGGAAAUGGUGAGGAGUUGAUAUCAGAAGAGCAACAACGUGAUCCAGUAUCCAGUACUGAAGGUAGAGAUGGUAAAUUGAAAAACUGCAGUAUGGACUUGCAAAAGGCAGAGCUUGCAAGGCAGAUACUGAUUAGUCUCAUUUUGAAGUCAGUCCAACAUAAUUUGGAUCCUAGAAAUGCAGCUAGAGAGAAAAACUCUGAUAUUCUAGAGCAGUCUUUAGAUCCAAUUGAAAGGGAUAGUGCAAUUAUCAAGAUUCAUUAUGGGAAUGGAGAUAAAACAGAAUCAAUGUCUCAAUCUGCUGAAGAUGAACAAUCAAAGGCAGUAGAUACAGAUGAACAUAAGAAUGUUGAUGGAGAAGGAUUCACAGUUGUCACAAAGAGGAGAAGAAACCGACAACACUUCACAAAUGGGGUAACUGAGUUAUAUGCUCAGCAAUCUAUCUGUACUUCAGUCCGUUGAAAGGUUGAACGAACAUAAAAGAACAUUGCAGAAAAGAUUUUUCUCCUUUAGUUAUCUUGUCUACCUGCAGACCCUUCAGAGAUGGAGUUAGUGGGUCAGAGAUUUGCAUGGUUACGCGAAGAGAGAAAGGGCAGACAAAACAUCACAAGGAUAUUCGUUUUUCCAUUUGUUUGUUUUUUUUUUUUCAUUGUCUUCAGUUUUCAUCUCUAACUAGCGGGGUUUAUGACAUUGUAUGUUAAAAUUGUACGAUUAGAGGAGAGCAGAUAUGAUCAAUUCAGUUCAACUGACACUAGUUCCAUGGA